AUGCAUGUACAUAUCAGGAUGGCAAUCGGAAGUAUUAUUUGUGGAGCCAAUACUCCUAAAAUGAAGAGAAAAAAGGCAAAGGCAACUGAACGUAGCUGGAUAGAAGCAACUUUCCAAAAAAGAGAAUGCUCAAAAUUUAUUCCAAGUGCUGAUGCUGAACAAAAGUUUAUGCAAGUAAAGGGAGAUAAGAAUGCAGAGUAUGAUGUGAUCACCACUUCCAGAUGUUGUUGCGGAUAUUCUUAUACUCAUCACUGCAGAGCUGGUAUAGAUGUACAAAGUUACAUUGCUAGUAAUACCAAAGAAAAAGAUCGAGAACAAUGGUCUCCAUCUAAGAAUACACGCCCAUUCCCUACCGAUGCGUAUGGUACCAUCGAAUUUCAAGGUGGUCCUCACCCAACAAAAGCACAGUAUGUAAGACUUGCUUACGAUACAAGACCGGAACCAAUAGUACAGUUAUUAUGUCGAGAAUGGAAUUUGGGUUUACCUAAGCUAUUAAUAACUGUUCAUGGUGGUCGUUCUAACUUUGAACUGCAGCCCACUUUGAAAAAAGUUUUAAGAAAAGGUUUGUUAAAAGCUGCAAAGACGACCGGUGCAUGGAUAUUCACGGGUGGAACCAACACAGGCGUAACAAGACAAGUAGGAGAUGCUUUGUUAUUAGAGAGAGCUCAAAGGCAAGGUCGAGUUGUAAGCAUUGGCAUAGCGCCAUGGGGAAUUUUAGAUAAAAGUCAUGAACUUGUAGGUCGUGGAGGUGAAGUACCUUAUGACUGUCUUUCAUCUCCAUUAUGUAAAUAUGCAGUUUUAAACAACCGCCACGCAUAUUUUUUAUUAGUGGAUAACGGUACUGGUGGCCGAUAUGGUGCAGAAAUUGUAUUACGUAGAAAAUUGGAAAAAUAUAUUUCUAAUUUGAAAUUACAGCCAUAUACACAUAGUAGUAUCCCCGUUGUGGCGUUAGUGAUCGAAGGAGGAACGAAUACGAUUCGAUCAGUUUUAGAGUAUGUUACAGAUGUUCCCCCUGUUCCUGUAGUAGUUUGUGAUGGCUCAGGUCGCGCAGCUGAUCUCAUCGCUUUUAUGCACAAAUAUGCAUCUGAUGGAGAUGGUGAAAGCGGGGAGAAUGAGGGACCAUUAGAAGGUAUCAGAGAACACCUUUUAGAUACAAUCAAACGGACCUUCAAAGUGUCUACCGAACAGGCAUCGCAAUUAUAUUCAGAACUUUUGCAAUGUACGCGUAAAAAGCACUUGAUAACAGUAUUUAGAAUAAGCCAGGAGCGGCCACAGGAACUUGAUCAAACGAUCUUAACGGCUCUGUUCAAGUCUAAACAAUUAUCACCGGCCGAACAGCUAUCGUUAUCUUUAAUUUGGAAUAGAGUAGACAUAGCGCGCAGUGAAAUAUUCGUUUACGGGCAAGAUUGGCCGCCAGGUGCUCUAGAACAGGCAAUGAUGCAAGCUUUGCAACACGAUAGAAUUGAUUUUGUGAAACUUCUUUUAGAAAAUGGAGUUUCUAUGCGUAAAUUUUUAUCUAUACCACGCCUUGAAGAAUUAUACAAUACCAAAGAAGGCCCUUCAAAUACAUUGGGCUAUAUCCUGCGCGAUGUUCGACCAAAUAUUCCACGAGGCUAUAUGUAUACUCUUCACGACAUUGGCCUUGUAAUAAAUAAAUUAAUGGGUGGGGCGUACCGAUCACAAUAUACACGCAGAAGAUUCCGUGUAAUCUAUACCAAAGUAAUGAAAAGAUCUGGAGCACAUCCUCAACAUAUGCAUCGAAAUAGCUGUGCUCUGGGUAAUACUACUCGUUAUUAUUCAGGAACCGGUAGUAAACAAGAUAGUUUAACGAUGAGUUUACUCGCUGAAACUUUGCCGGCUAAUCGAGACACGCCGCUUUUUGAUUAUCCAUUCAAUGAAUUACUUAUAUGGGCUGUGUUAACGAAACGCCAGCAAAUGGCGUUGUUAAUGUGGCAACAUGGAGAGGAAGCUUUAGCGAAAGCACUUGUUGCUCUUAAAUUAUAUAAAGCUAUGGCUCAUGAAGCUGCCGAAGAUGACCUUGAAACGGAAGUUUAUGACGAAUUGCGGAGUUAUGGAAAAGAAUUUGAAAAUAUUGCUUUGGAAUUGUUAGACUAUUGCUAUCGUCAAGAUGAUGAUCAGACACAGCAACUGUUAACUUCUGAACUUCAAAAUUGGUCUGGUCAAACUUGUCUUUCAUUAGCAGUCACGGCUAAUCACCGACCGCUUUUAGCACAUCCUUGUAGUCAAAUCAUUUUAGCAGAUCUGUGGAUGGGUGGUCUUCGUACAAGAAAAAAUACAAAUUUAAAGGUUGUACUUGGAUUAGUUUGUCCAUUUUAUAUAACACGUUUGGAAUUUAAGAGUCGAGAAGAAUUGCAGCUGAUGCCACAAACUCAGGAAGAGCAUUUAAUUGCUCUUGAAGAUGAGAAAGAAGAUAGUGAUUCAGAGCAUGGUGUACCAACGGGUCCUGAUGUCGAGGCUUUGAUCACCAAUGAACAUACUACAACUGUAGUAAAGGAAACAAUUGUACAAGAAAAUGGUAAAGUACUGACUGAUAAUGAUGAUGGAAUUCAUCGUGCGUAUGGCAUUCAUUCUGACUACUAUGACAUCAAGAAUAGCAGACCAUUAAGAUUGAGGAAGAAGUUAUAUGAAUUUUAUACAGCACCUAUCACAAAAUUUUGGGCAAAUGCAAUAGCAUACAUUAUCUUCUUGGUUCUCUUCUCAUACUGUAUCCUUAUUCAUAUGGAUGACCAUCCAUCAUUAGCAGAAAUUUAUGCAAUUGCAUAUAUUUGCACAUUGGGAUGUGAAAAAGUACGAGAAAUCGCAACAUCAGAACCAGCUACACUUUCACAUAAAUUUAGUGUAUGGGCGUGGAAUAUGUGGAAUCCUUGUGACGCUGCCGCUAUUAUUUUUUUUCAAAUUGGUUUAGCUUUACGCUUAAGACACUCUACUCUUGAUGUUGGCCGUGUAAUCUAUUGUGUUGAUUGUAUUUAUUGGUACUUAAGGAUACUGAACAUUCUUGGUGUAAACAAAUAUUUUGGUCCAUUAGUUACUAUGAUGGGAAAGAUGGUAAAAAAUAUGACCUAUUUUGUGGUGCUUUUAAUAGUAGUAUUAAUGAGUUUUGGGGUUACUCGACAAGCAAUUUUAAACCCUAAUGCCGAACCGAAAUUCAGGAUUAUUCGUGAUAUAUUUAUGGAACCAUAUUUUAUGUUAUACGGAGAAGUAUACGCAGACAACAUAGAUCCCGAUUGCGGAGACGAACCAGGAAUGAUACCGUGCCUACCAGGCCGUUGGAUUACUCCUGCCGUAAUGUCCAUUUAUCUUUUAAUCGCGAACAUAUUAUUGAUAAAUUUAUUGAUUGCGGUGUUCAAUAAUAUUUUCAAUGAGGUAAACGCGGUGGCGCACCAAGUUUGGAUGUUCCAACGUUUUACUGUUGUUAUGGAGUAUGAACAGAAACCAGUUUUACCUCCUCCGCUCAUUGUAGUUUGUCACAUAUAUCUGCUGGUGAAAUAUUUGCUGCGAUAUGUAACACAAGGAAAAGCAAGUACUGGUGAAACCUACGACAAUGGACUGAAGUUAUUCUUAGAGGCAGACGACAUGGAACGCCUUUAUGAUUUCGAGGAGGACUGCGUUGAAGGAUACUUCCGUGAGCAAGAAUUGAAGCUCCAAAUGUCUACAGAGGAACGUAUCAAAGUUACCACAGAAAGAGUGGAAAAUAUGCAUUCGAAGAUUGAAGACAUUGAUAAAAAAGAAAACACUCAAAAUGCUUCUCUUCAGGCAGUAGAAUUUCGCAUUCGUAAGUUGGAAGAAUUAAAUGAACAGACUUUGGCACAUCUUGGGGUUAUUCACCGAUUUAUGGCUACUCACAUGCCAAACAUGGAAGGCUUAUCCAGUUUUGAUAUAGAUGGUCGUCAACGCAGAGUAUCAGAACGUUCAGAAGUUCUAUCAGAGACGGAUUCUCACACACAACUACCAACUAUCGCGGCUAAACGCAAACGAUUGGUCCGAUCACUGACCGAUGGCACGUUUCUUAAUUUAAGUCGAUCGUUAGACGAUGAUGUACUGAAGCAUUCAGAAACUGUUACGUCUCGUGAAAAUCUUAGUAGAAACGAAUCUUCUAUAAGUGGAGAUGGGCACACUGUUCAGGAUGAUAUAAAAACAACUACAAGUCAGGAAACUGAAGUCAGUAAAGAUGGUGAAGGAGAAACCCUAAAGAAGGACUCGCAAUCAGAUAGUAGAGAUACAAGUAGGGAACCAAGUGGAGAGCCAAGUAGUAAAGAACCAAGUACGGAUCCAAGUAGACAAACGAGUAGAGAAUUGAGUAGAGAAACUAGCAGAGACGCUACGAGCAAGGAACCAAGCAGAGAAGCCAGCAGCGAAGCACCAGCUUCGGAACCUAUUAGACAAGAUUCUACAGAACGACCAAUUAGACAAAAUAGUAGGACACGAUCAGAAUCAGAUGAUAUAAUGAUAGCUCCACCUUCCAAUAUAUCAAGAGGAGUAACUUGGGCGGAGCCACGCGUUGCAGUGAUUCCAUCAGUGUCUUCAGCAAGCAGCACACAGAGGUCAAUUCUACUAGCCAUGCGUGCUGAAUAUACAAGUAUUACUGAUGAGCUGGAAAGUUAUUGUGGUCUUCUUAGUCCACCUCGAACACCGUCCAUUUCUCCGCCUCCUACGAGAGUUAGAAAUUUAUCCGAAAUGUCUAACCCUGAGAUGGCUUGGCAAAUUGAGAAUGAACGUCUACGUGAUGCUGAGGAAUGUGAUUAUCAACAAAUGGAAGAUUUAAUACAAAGGAGAUACAUCGGUGAUGAAGAUGAGUCUUUGCAUAUUCCGGAUGAAGCUAGUGGUGGUUCAUUUUUCAUAUCGAACGAACAUAGACAUCAACUUCGAAGAUCUUCUGCCAUCAAUGAAGAGUCUCGAAGGCCUCCGCCUACUAUCAGUGUGACAAGGGAGAUCGAACAAACGCUUUCAAGGCCAUUGAUUCGGGACUCGGAAAGUUCAGAUCCCAAUGACAAGAAUAUGAGUACGGUACCUGCUCCAGCCUCAGAGACAAUGUGCUAAAUA